AUCCGGGGUCCUGAUCACUGAUUUCUCUUUCAGCGAUGUCCUGGCUUUGCCCAUCUUCAAGCAAGAAGAAUCCAGCUUGCCUCCUGACAAUGAGAACAAAAUCCUGCCUUUCCAAUAUGUGCUGUGUGCGGCCACUUCCCCUGCUGUGAAACUCCAUGAUGAAACUCUCACCUAUCUCAAUCAAGGUCAGUCCUACGAAAUCAGAAUGCUGGACAACAGGAAAAUAGGGGAAUUGCCUGAACUGAACGGGAAGCUUGUAAAGAGUAUAUUUCGAGUGGUGUUCCACGACAGACGGCUUCAGUAUACUGAGCAUCAGCAGCUUGAAGGCUGGAGGUGGAAUAGACCAGGGGACAGAAUACUUGACAUCGAUAUUCCAAUGUCUGUGGGUAUAAUUGAUCCCAGGGCAAACCCGACGCAGCUGAAUACUGUAGAGUUUCUUUGGGAUCCCUCAAAGAGGACUUCAGUGUUUAUUCAGGUCCAUUGCAUCAGUACAGAAUUCACUAUGAGGAAGCAUGGUGGAGAGAAGGGCGUGCCGUUCCGGGUCCAGAUUGACACCUUUAAGGAGAAUGAGAAUGGGGAAUAUACAGAGCACCUGCAUUCUGCCAGCUGUCAGAUCAAAGUCUUCAAGCCCAAAGGAGCUGAUAGGAAGCAAAAGACGGACAGGGAGAAAAUGGAGAAGCGAACGCCUCAAGAAAAGGAGAAAUAUCAGCCUUCGUACGAGACGACGAUACUUACAGAGUGUUCUCCAUGGCCAGAGAUCACAUAUGUCAAUAACGUAUCAUCCCCUGGCUUUAGCAGUUCGCACAGCAGCUUUUCCAUCAGUGAAGGAAACGGGUCUCCAAAUCACCAGCCUGAGCCUCCUGCUCCAAUUACAGAUAACCUUCUGCCAACGUCCACACCUCAGGAAGCUCAGCAGUGGCUGCACCGAAACCGCUUCUCUGCUUUCUCACGGCUUUUCACAAACUUCUCAGGGGCUGAUUUAUUGAAACUAACCAGAGAAGAUGUCAUACAGAUCUGCGGUCCUGCGGAUGGCAUCAGACUCUUCAAUGCAUUAAAAGGACGGAUGGUACGGCCAAGGCUGACUAUCUAUGUCUGCCAAGAGUCACAGCAGUUGAGGGACCAGCAAAAGCACGAGGAUGGAGAUGCAGCCAACAGUACUUUCUUCGUCUAUCAUGCCAUCUACUUAGAGGAGCUGACCGCGGUGGAGCUGACGGAGAAAAUAGCCCAACUCUUCAGCAUUUCCUCGCAACAGAUAAGCCAGAUCUACAAACAAGGUCCCACGGGGAUACACGUCCUCAUCAGCGACGAGAUGAUACAGAACUUUCAAGAUGAGUCAUGUUUUGUCUUGGACACAAUGAAAGCUGAAACCAAUGACAGUUACCACAUCAUCUUAAAAUAAACGGGAGACUUGCACAUAACUACUGCUCCUCAUGCGUACUCAGCUUCAUCGUCUGUUUUGGCACCUGGAUACCGACGAUAACUACAAAAGCAACUGAGAUUCAUCUUGUUACCACAGCAUGUUGCCUCUUGUUAGGUGAACACCCUGUAUCGUUGCUGGCAUGCAGGUAGACGUCUGUUGUAAGCACGCCACUGCUUGUUCGGUGUUCAACAACAUGGCCACAACCGCCAGGCUGAUCGGAGAAUGGAAACUUUGCAAUUAUGUGUCAUUGGUUGGGGAAGAGCUGCCUAUCAAGUACGGCUGCAACACUUGGGGGGCGGGAAUGUUUGUGAUGACGAUGCUCUGGCCACCCCUGGAAGCGGGUAUCCGUUCUGGGAAGUCCGUUCGUCUCAGCUGUGCAAGCUUUCUGGAUGUGGACUUGGCUGGUAGAGCCAAGGGGAUUUCCAGGUUUCGGACCAAUUUUUAGAUAAAAGACUUGGUUCUUUUCGGACUACUUCAAACUUCAUUGAUUUCUAGGUAAAGAGAUGUGUGUGUGUGUGUGUGUGUGUGUGUGUGUGAUCUAUGGUUUUGUUUCUUCCCUGCCAGUAUAAAUUAGAAGGAACUCAUGAGUUUAUGAACUGUAGCAUGGGAAAGGGCUGCCCCUGGCUUUAUUCUACACUCCAGUUCAAGAGAUUCUCGAGUGCAAAAAGAGAAAACGGCUCUCUGGGUAUCAUUGGCUGGCUUUCUGUUUCUUUAUAGACACCUCUCCC